AAAUUACCAGGAGUCGCUGUACCAGCAACUUGAGCGGUCUAUUCUUCAUGGCAUGCGAAUGUUGGCUGCUCUUGUGGUUCCCUUGGUGAUACUCUGUUUACAAAUGGAAGACGUAAUUUUGACGGAAUGGAAGCUGUGGAUGAGCAGUGGAAAAGUGGUGUUGUGGGACGUCUUUCAAAUGCGUUGCAGAGCGAUGACAAAAGACACAGGAAAAAGGCACUGGAAGAAAUUUCAAAGGAGAUGUUAUGUGAGACAUCAGAAAUUAGAAACAAUCUUGUUCCAAUAUUGAAAAUGUGUCUUCGAUGUUUUUCUGACAAAGCAGAAGUUUGUCGGGAAGCAGCAGUCCGCAUAGUUACCGAGGCAGUGCAGUUAAUACCUAAUGUCGAUGAACAUAUUAUAUGCUAUAUAUUACCGGUGUUACUGCAACGAAUUGGGGAUAAGGAAAUAAAUGAGCCGUCAGAAGAAGUGAGGUUAAGUUUAGUGAUUUUGUUACGCAGUGUCAUUGUUAAAUGUUGUGACAAGUUAGUACCUUUCAUCGAGGAUGUAAUAACUAUUCUUUCGCGUACCAUUCCUGACCCAUAUCCAAAAAUCAAAAAAGAAAGUUGUGAUUGUGCUACUGAGUUGUCAAAGUUGGUCCCACAACAUGUUCACGAACACACGGAGCUUUUAAUAAAGCCACUUCUCCAGAAUUUCUUGUUUCAGCAAUACCGGAUUAGAUCUGCUGCCAUAUUCACAGUAGGUACUGUGAUUCGUUAUGGCAAGAGUAAAUGUAUAGAGACUGUGGCUGUGCCACUAGCAGAGCGUCUCUUCGAUUCAGUGCCAGCUGUGCGCCGAGCUGUCACCCAGGUCGUGGCAGACUGGCUGUGCAACCUACCAGAUCGUUAUUCAUUUUUUCAUCGCUUGGUACCUCUAGUAUUAACAAGCUUAAGUGAUGAACUUGAAGAGAUUCGUGUGGAAACAUGGCAGCUUUGGGAGAAUAUUGGGCUACAGUAUGCUAAAGAAAAUGAAAAUGACUUGAAAGACAAACUGGAUUUUUUGGCAGAAAGCUGUGAAGAUUAUCCCACUGGUCUUAGACGCCCUAAUCUGGGAUGUCGCGAGUUGGUUCAAAGGCAGCUGAUGAAAAUAGUGGCUGCUGUCUGUGGAGACAUUUGUGACUGGCGCGCAGAUGUGCGGAUACGAGCAGCACAGCUGGUUGUGGUAUUGUUGCAACAUGCAGAGCAGCAUAUCAUGCAGCACUUGGCGCGCCUGCUUCCCACACUUGUGCGCACAGCUCGUGAUGAUGAAACUGUGGUUGUUGAGAAUGUGGAACGUGGAUGUGAACUACUAGGACAUUUUGUACCUGCUGAACUAUGGAUAAAACUGCUGUUACCACCACUUGAGGAUUCUCCAAAUGAUGGUGCACUUCGUAUUCUGGCAGCAACAGUUCGUGGAGCUCAGCCCUCUAAUUUUAGAGAACACAUACCUGUAAUUGCUGAAUUUCUUGCACACAAAAAUAUCUGCUGGUCGAGACAGGCUGCAUACCAGGAACAGCUGCUACGUUGUUGUACAGCCCUUAUCAGUAUAGAUGCAGAGAGCAGUUCCACUGCACACCAACAUCUCUUCUUUGUUAUUAUUUCAGCUCUUGGACUGACAAAUGAGCAGAAAAUUGCAGAUGAUGCUGUAGGUGUGCUGAAGCUGCUGGGCAAUAAUGAGAAAGGUGAUUUAGAGGGGCUAUUUGAGAAAUAUGCAUUGUCAGUGUUAGAAGAUCUGCAGAGAACAGCAGAAUCAUGGUCUGUAUGCAGCUCAGAGCGAUUCAUCUUUGAAGCAAUAUUGAGACACUCAGGGACUGUGUUUGGUCUUCAUGCAGAUACCAUCCUCUCCAUAUUAAAAGCAACAAUGAAACCAGACAAUGAUGCUGAAAUGAGAUUGAAGAGCUUCACCAUUUUGUCAGACAUCCUCAAGGAGAAAGAGAAGAACUUGGAACGAGCCCAGGAUGCCGGUUUAUUUCUAAUAUCCUUUCUUCAAGAUGUGGCAGUUCCAAACAUGGCAUGGCGUGCAGGCCGGUCAGCAGAGGCGGUGCGUACUGCAUGUGUGGCAUGUGUAUGGGCAGCAGUGAACCCUGGAGUCUGUGGUGCACUUUCUGAUCCACGUGUUCUGGCACCAGUUGGCUCUGCUCUUUUCCCAGCCCUGCUUGCUUUAAUUGAAGACCAGGCUCACCGAAGUCGCCUUCUUGCAUUGUAUUCUCUUUGUCGACUGAUAGUGAUUAGUAGAUCUGCAAAGCUGUUCAAUGCAGAACACAUACGGCAGAUAUAUCCAGUGGUGUUAAAGCGGCUAGAUGAUGUUAAUGAUGAGGUACGAACUUCAGCUGUGGAAACACUUGUGCUGCUGUUUAAUGACCUGCCAGCUGAUUAUAAUGUGGAGACUUCCAUUGCCCACAUUGAGACACUGUACAGCACUAUGCUCAUUCACCUAGAUGAUCCAGAUGAAGCAUUCCGUGGCAUCAUGUUCCAGGCACUGAAGGACUUGUCACAUUUGAGUCCGAGCACACUUCGGGGAAGAUUAGAGUCCAUGCUGCACAAUUUCCGCAAUGAGAAGGCUUGCAGACAGUUACUGGAUCAUUUGACUAACAUACCUGUACUGGAAAGUACCAGUUGAUGAAUAUUGAACAACAAUGCUCAGUGUACAUUAGUUCUAAAGCAGAAUGCUGAAGUUAUACACAGUGGAGUCAAUAAUUAUUUUAUGUAAAAUGUAGGUAACUCCUUUGUAAGAAAUAAUGUUUCAAAGUGAGGACUGUUUGCUUGUAAUAUUCAUAGAAAUAUUUCCUUGUCUGUUACAAGAAUGAGGAUUUUUUAAAUUGUUAAUAAAGAAAAUGAAGCAGAAGUAAUAAUGCAUAAGUCAAACACAGGCAAAAAUAGGUGAGAAUACUGCAUAACUGGAGUGUUGUGGCUGUGAUAAACAGUUUCACAUAAAUGCAAAAGUACACACAGCCCGUAUAUCUCCAUGUUUAAAAGCAGUUGUUUAUAGUUUUAGUUCAUGAAAAUAGGUUGUGUUUCACCAGACAAUCCUUACUGACGAAGAAAUUGUUUCUCAACUUUCAGCAGAUAUUCCUUCCUGAGAUUGGUUGACAGCAGUUGAAAGUCAAGGCCAAACAUUUUAUGGGGACAAGCAGUGACCUUGAAAGGAAGUUCGAAGCCUUCCCCAAAGACUGAAAGUGAAACAUCAAUAUAAUGCUGUGAGAUAAAGGCAUCGUGACAUUACUCACAAUACUUGCAGAAAGCCACAAAAAUGAGGUCCGAUGUGUACUUUGAAAGUGUGUCAAAAAUAUUUUCAAAAAAUUGUUAUGAAUUUUCUGCUGCUAAUAGGCACGCAGUGCUUAACACAUUCUGGGCUUAGCGAAGUAUUUGACUAAUCAGCCAUGUGAACAUAAUUCUAACCAAAUCCAGAAGAAAAGGCAGAGUGAUUUUACAUUUUAUAAAUGAGAUGGGAAAACAAAAAAUACAGAAAAUGUAUUUCAAUACUCUUGCAGUUACAGGAUUGACUGCCUGAUAUUGGCUAUAUUAUUUCAAAUAGGGGAUGAGCCCUGAUUCAGGAAGUCAAAUUAUUGAUUAAAAUAAGUGAAGAAAAAUUAUGAGAAAACAUUUAUGAAAGAAUAUCAGGACUUCCUUCCAAACCUGUCAUUGCAUUAUUGCAAAAAUAUCCCCCUUCAAGCUGCACCUUGAACCUGUUGCCUUACCCAUAUUACAACUGUACAGACUGGGAAAAAGAAAUGUUAAUCUUAUCUUAACCCUUUAACUGCUCUGGAUAUGUUUACACACAUGCCUUUG